AUAAUUUAUAAAUUACAUGUAAUUUAUAAAUAUUUUAAAAAAAUAAAAAAUUAAAAAUAUUAAUUAUAAAGUACCAAACCAUAAGUUGUAAUGGGAGAGAGUCAGUGGAAUGAUUGGAAACCUUUUAUUUACGGAGGUUUAGCUUCAAUUUUUGCAGAAUUAGGUACUUUUCCUUUGGACACAACAAAAACACGUCUUCAAAUUCAAGGACAAAAAUUAGAUCAAAGAUAUGCACAUUUAAAAUAUUCUGGUAUGACUGAUGCUUUAUUUCAGAUAUCACAACAAGAAGGUUUCAAAGCUCUAUAUUCUGGAAUCAGUUCAGCUAUUUUAAGACAAGCUACUUAUGGAACUAUAAAAUUUGGUACCUACUAUUCUUUAAAAAAAGCAGCAAUGGAUAAAUGGGAAACAGAUGAUUUAGUUAUUAUAAAUAUCAUAUGUGCUGCUUUAGCUGGUGCUAUUUCAAGUGCUAUAGCUAAUCCUACUGAUGUAGUAAAAGUACGUAUGCAAGUAACUGGAAUCAAUUCAAAUUUAUCGUUAUUUGGUUGCUUUCAAGAUGUAUAUCAACAUGAAGGUGUUUGUGGGUUAUGGAAAGGUGUAGGACCUACUGCCCAAAGAGCAGCAAUUAUUGCAGCUGUAGAAUUACCUAUAUAUGAUUAUAGUAAAAAAAAAUUUAUGAUUUUAUUAGGAGACAGUGUUAGUAAUCAUUUUGUGUCCAGUUUUAUAGCUAGUAUGGGAAGUGCAAUAGCUUCUACUCCUAUAGAUGUCGUUCGUACACGUUUAAUGAAUCAGAGGAGGAUACGUACUACAGGUGGUAUAUUACCACCGCAUAUUUAUAAUGGUAGCAUAGAUUGCUUUGUACAGACUUUUAAAAAUGAAGGAUUUUUAGCUUUAUACAAGGGUUUUGUACCUACUUGGUUUAGAAUGGGACCAUGGAAUAUAAUAUUUUUUAUAACAUAUGAACAAUUGAAAAAACUAGAUUCACAAUAAUGCAUUGGAUUGUUCAAGUAAAUAAUAAUAAAUAAAAAAUAUGUAUGUAUGAACAUACGAUAAAACAAUGAUUGUAACUAGAGUUUGUAAUGAAUAUUUGUAUUAUAUAAUUUA